AUGAGCUUCACAUUCAAUAAUUCAUAUGGAAAUGGAAAUAGUAAUAAAAAUUCUACAAUAGAAGGAAGUAGUAAUAGUCAAAAUAAAUUGAAUUUCCUAGAUGCCACCACAGUAGAAAAUUCUGAUACAACAAUAUCACCAAAACAUUAUUCAAAUAUAGAUCAUCAACUGUUCACAUCAAUUGAGAAUACUUUACCUAAAAUUGCUUAUAAGAAUAAAGAUAGCCAGAAUACUAAUAGUAGAUUAAGAAAUUAUUCAUUAAGUGAAGCAUUUAAUUACAAUAAUAAUUCAAAUAAUCCAAAUAAUAACAAUUCUAAUUUUGAUAUUGGUGGUAGAAGUUAUGUUAGUAUGAGUUAUAGACCUAGUGUCAUUGCAAAUAUGUAUUCACCACAAAUUAAUACUGGAAAUGAAGUUCAUGAACAAACUGCAAAUUUAGCAAAUAUUGGAGUUGUUGAAGAUAGUAAUAGUGAUGAAAAUAGUCCCGUUGAUGAUGAAUCUAAUUAUAAUAUACAAGAAGAGAAUCAAAAUAUUGAUCAUUCAAUUUCUAAACCUACAACUAUUCAAAAUCGAAGGCAAUCAUCAAAUACUUUUUCAAGUACUACUCCUUUAUUAUCUACUUCACCAGAUAAUUAUUAUACAAAUAAUAAACCAAAUGAUAAUGUAUGGAAAACUAAAUAUGAUGAAGAAUCAUCAAUUCAAGGUUAUGCAAAAUCUUCAUCUUCAACAAUACCUGAAAAGGAAACACAACCAAGUAAAUUACAUCAAUUAAUAUUUAAACCAUUACAAUAUCUACCUGGAGUAUUUUUAGGGACACUUUUAAAUAUCUUGGAUGGAUUAUCUUAUGGUAUGAUAAUGUUUCCAAUAAGUGAUAAUAUUUUUGCAGCUUUAGCACCUGCUGGAUUAGCUAUGUUUUAUGUAUCAUGUAUUGUAUCUCAAUUAGUUUAUUCAUUAGGUGGAUCAGCUUUUAAAGCUGGAAUUGGAUCUGAAAUGAUUGAAGUUACUCCAUUUUUUCAUACAAUGGCAUUAGCUAUUUCAAAACAAAUGAAAAAUGAAGGUGAUGAUGCAAUAAUUGCAACAACUAUUACUUCAUAUGCUGUAUCAUCAAUAAUUACUGGAUUAGUGUUUUUUCUUUUGGGGAAACUAAAAUUAGGAGUAUUGGUUGGGUUUUUCCCAAGACAUAUUUUAGUUGGAUGUAUUGGAGGAGUUGGAUAUUUCUUAGUUGCAACUGGAAUAGAAGUAUCUUCAAGAUUAGAAGGUGGAUUAUUUUAUAAUUAUGAAACUUUUAAAUAUUUAUUUUUCAAUUAUAUUACAUUUUUAGAAUGGACAAUACCAUUAAUAUUAGCAUUAAUAUUAGUUAUUUUACAACAUAAAAUUCAUAAUUCAUUAUUAGUUCCAAUGUAUUUUAUAUUGGUAUUUAUAAUUUUUCAUUUAAUUGUUUUAUUAGUUCCAAAUUUAAAUUUAAAUAUUGCAAGAGAAUGGGGGUGGGUUUUCCCAGCUGUUGAAGAUGAUCAACCUUGGUAUUCAUUUUAUGAAUUAUAUAAAUUUAAAUUAGUUGAUUGGUUUUGUAUUGUUAAACAAUUACCAACUAUGUUAGCAUUGACCUUUUUUGGAAUAUUACACGUUCCAAUUAAUGUACCUGCAUUAGCUGUAUCUAUUGGAAUGGAUGAUAUUGAUGUUGAUAGAGAAUUAGUUGCUCAUGGUUAUUCAAACGCUAUUUCCGGUUUAGUUGGUUCGAUACAAAAUUAUUUAGUUUAUACAAAUUCAGUAUUGUUUAUAAGAGCCGGAGCAGAUGAUAGAGGUGCUGGUGUUUUGUUAGCAAUAGCAACAGGUGUAGUUAUGAUGGCUGGUCCAGUUGUAAUAGGAUAUAUACCUGUUUGUGUUGUUGGUGCAUUAAUUUAUUUAUUAGGUUAUGAAUUACUUAAAGAAUCAGUAUGGGAUACUUGGGGUAGAUUAAGACCAAUUGAAUAUACUACAAUUAUUAUAAUUGUAGUUACUAUGGGAGCAGUUGAUUUUGUUGCUGGUAUAGGUAUUGGAAUUUUAUUAGCUUGUUUAUCAUUUGUUGUUGAAGCUGGAAGAACUCCAGUUGUUCAAGGUAUAUAUUCUGGAAAUGUUGCCAGAUCAACAGUAUUAAGACACCCUAAACAACAAGAAUUUUUAAAAAAUGUUGGUGAACAAAUUUGUAUAAUUAAAUUACAAGGAACAAUUUUUUUUGGAUCAAUUGGUGGAGUUGAAAAAGAAGUAAGAAAUAUUUUUGAACAUGAUAAAUUUAGAUCACAACCUAUAAAAUAUUUAAUAAUUGAUAUGAAGGGAGUUAUAUCAAUUGAUUUUUCUGCAGCUGAAGGGUUUAGAAGGAUUUUAAAUUUAACAAAUGAAUUUAAAACACAAUUAAUUAUUUCUUCUGUGGUUGAUGAAGAUGAUACUAUAAAAGGUUUACGUGAUGCAGGUUUAUUUGAUAAUAAUGAUCCACCAAUUGAAUUAUUUAGCUCAUUAAAUUAUGCAUUAGAAUGGUGUGAAAAUUCAUUUUUAAAAACUUAUAAAACAUUGAAGAAACAUCAUCCAAUUGAUUCACAUCAUCAACAUACUUCAUCAAGAUCAGUACCAGGUACAAACAAUAAAGACAAAGCACAAAUUCAAUCACCUACAUCAUUUGGUAAUAAAAUUUUUAGUCAAUUUGGAUUAGAUUUUGGUACACCAAGAACAAAACAAGUUUUCCAAGCUGCAAGUAAAACAGUUUUAGAUGAACAAAAAACUCAAAUUAAAUAUCAUCAAACAUCAAAUGAUUCAUUUAAAAAGCAACCUUUACCAUUAAUGAUGAUAACAUUUCAGGGCCUAUCUUCAAAAGAUGAAGAAUUUUGGUCUAUAUUAGCUCCUUAUUUUAUUAAAGAACAAAUUCCAGAAAAUUUACAAUUUUAUGAUACUUUAAAUGAUGAACCUUCAUUUUUCAUUGUUGAAUCAGGAUUAAUUAGAGCAGUUGUAAAAUUUGAAACUGAAGGUAGAGAAUUACAUUGUUCAAUUGUACCAUUAGUUGCAUUUGGAGAUUUAGAUGAUGCUUCUCAAUAUAGACAAUUAACUUAUACUACUGUAAAUGAUUCAAUAGUUUGGAAAUUAACUCAAGCUAAACUUAAAGAAAUGUUGAAAAAAAGUGGAUCAAAGGGAGAAGCUAUUUAUCAUGAAUUAUUAGAAAUUGAAGCUAAAUUAAUUAGAGAAAGAUUUGAUACAAUGACUGCUAAUUUAAUUAUAUCUGGAUAG